AUGGCUGCGGAGUGUCUGCUCGCCAGCAGCCCCAGCCCCUGGGUGCCAGACUCAGCCGAGCGCGUCGUGCAGCGGUUCGAGGUACCUGGCGUGUCCAACUACACGGCCCUGCUGCUGAGCCCGGACGGUGGCACCCUCUACCUGGGGGCGCGCGAGCUGCUCAUCGCUGUCAACACCAGCCACUUCCAGCCUGGGGCACCAGCUCGCAGGCUGCCGUGGAGCGCGGAUGAGGAGAAGAAGAGGCAGUGCGUGUUCAAGGGCAAGGACCCCCAGAGGGACUGUCACAACUACAUCAAAAUGCUGCUGCAGCUGAACAGCACCCACCUCUAUACCUGCGGGACCUGCGCCUUCAGCCCGGCCUGCGCCUACAUCAACGUGCAGCGCUUCAGCCUGGAGCGGGACACGUCAGGGAAGGUGCUGCUGGAGGACGGGAAGGGACGCUGCCCCUUCGACCCUGAGUACCGGUCCACGGCCGUCAUGGUCGAUGGUGAGCUCUAUGCUGGGACUGUCAGCAACUUCCAGGGCAACGAGCCAACCAUCUACCGCAGCCAGGAGAGCCGCAUCGCCCUCAAGACGGAGAACUCCCUCAACUGGCUGCAGGACCCGGUCUUUGUGGGCUCAGCCUACCUGCGGGAGAGCCUGCCCGCCGGCAACCCCGAGGGUGACGACGACAAGGUCUACUUCUUCUUCAGCGAGACUGGCAAGGAGUUCGACUACUUCGAGAACACUAUCGUCUCCCGCAUCGCGCGGGUGUGCAAGGGGGACCAGGGCGGGGAGCGUGUGCUGCAGCGGCGGUGGACGACCUUCCUGAAGGCGCAGCUGCUCUGCUCGCACCCUGAGGACGGCUUCCCCUUCAACGUGCUGCAGGAUGUCUUCGUACUCACCCCGGGGGAGCUGCGCUGGAGGGAGACACUCUUCUAUGGGGUCUUCACCUCACAGUGGAACAAGGGCGGCCUGGGCAGCUCGGCUGUGUGCGCCUUCCCCAUGCACAGCGUGCAGCGAGCCUUCGGUGGGCUCUACAAGGAGGUGAACCGCGAGACGCAGCAGUGGUACACAGACACCGGCCCUGUGCCGGAGCCCCGGCCGGGCACGUGCAUCACCAGCCACACGCGGCACCUGAAGAUCAACUCGUCCCUCCAGAUGCCAGACCGGGUGCUGAACUUCAUCAAGGACCACUUCCUGAUGGACAGCCCUGUGCGCAGCCAGCCGCUGCUGCUGCAGAGCCGCCUACGCUACCAGCAGAUUGGUGUCCACCGUGCGCAGGGCCUCCACGGCACUUACGACGUCCUCUUCCUGGGCACAGACGAUGGCAGGUUGCACAAAGCUGUGCGCGUGAACCACAGGGUGCACAUCAUCGAGGAGAUCCGCCUCUUCCCCACUGGCCAGCCCAUUCUCCAGCUGCUGCUGGACCAGGACCAGGGCCUGGUCUACGCAGCCACCUACACAGCGGUGGCUCAGGUGCCCUUUGCCAACUGCAGCCUGUACCGCAGCUGUGGCGAGUGCGUGCUGGCACGAGAUCCCUUCUGCGCAUGGAGCCGGGGUGCCUGCCGCAGGGCCACUCUGCACCCCCCCGCACACCCCCAGUUCUGGGCGCAGGACAUUGAGGAUGCUGACACGGAGCGGCUCUGCCAGCUGGCCAAUGCCUCUCAGCCCCGUCCCCGCGUCCUCCUGCCCCCAGCCUCGGGCUCCCCAUGCCAGCGGAUCCAGCUGCCACCCAACGCAGUGCGGCCACUGCCAUGCCGGCUGCUCUCCAACCUCGCCUCACGGCGCUGGCUGCACGAUAGGGUGCCCGUCAACGCCUCCUACCUGGUGCUGCCUGACGGGGCCCUCAUCCUGGUGGGCAGCCCCGAGCGGGCGGGCACCUACGAGUGCUGGUCGCUGGAAGAGGGCUUCCGCAAGCUGAUGGCCAGCUACUGCGUGAGCAUGCAGGAGCCGGCCCACGGGCUGCCGAACCCCAGCAGGAAGGUGGCCACUGGUCGAGACGCCCUGGAGACUGUCAGCACCUCCCGGAGCACCUCUGCGGUGGGCAGUGCCGCAGCCCGGCUGGAUGGCAAGACCUACUGGACCGAGUUCCUGGUGAUGUGCGUGCUCUUUGCUGCUGCCGUCCUUGUGUUGGCCCUCUUCCUCCUGCACCGGCACCGUGACGGCAUGAAAGCCUUGCUGGAGCCCGGCGACCCCAGCCGGCACCAGAAGCCGCCCCGCAAGCCGGUGGAGAGCCUGCCCCUGAAUGGUAGCAGCCUGCCCAGUGCAGUGCCCGAGCACAAGGGCUACCAGGCCCUGCAGGACAACUACAUUGUCAGCACCCCUGUGCAUGAGCCCCUGGGCCCCCCACGCGCCUUCUCCGAAUCGGAGAAGAGGCCCCUCCAUGUCCGGGACAGCUUCGUGGAGGUGUCUCCUGCCUGCCAAAGACCCCGGGUGCGCCUGGGCUCCGAGAUCCAGGACUCGGUGGUGUGA